CCUUAUAUCACUUCUUCUUCGAGCUUCUGUGGUCUCUAGGCAAGUCGUUGGUAUUGAAGAAUCUCCGGGAGCUCGUCCUAUUCGACCGUCGAGAUGAGGUUCGGGAUUGGAGCCGUUGCCUUUGCGGUCCUGACGGGAUUGCAUGUCGCCAAACCGGCCGUCCACAACCCAUAUCCGGGGACGACCAAUUCUACUCAGAAUCUCAAUCUUGUCGACCUGCUACAUAGCUCCUCUGUCGAGCACCAGAAGAACUACGUGCGAGCCAUACAGAUUCUCGAAAAGACAAACACGCAGCCAAUAUGUCAGCGACGGGCGGCAAUGAACCUUAUCAAUGACUGUCGAGAACUUGAACAGCAACCCAACCACGAUGACUCCAAGACCGAGGAGGCUCUGGAGUUCCAAAAGGAUGCUUAUGCCACGCGGCUUGCCGUCUGUGAGAUCGACCGUGCCAAAGCCAGGAUCCCAGAUGCAUGCUCCGUGGCUACACUCUCGUCGGAGGCCUGCCACCAGAAGCAAGGAUGGCGCUUCUACCUCCAACGCCGUUCGCAUAAUUCGACGACGGAGUUAUGCUACCCGCAAGCCAGUCCCAAGCAAGUCGCGGCCUGCAUGAAAGCUCUACACGACAAGCCCCAAGACUGGACGUCUUUCAGCAACGCUCGCCAGAAUGCGUUGACCAUGUGCCAAGCCAGCAGGGAUGCCAUGGAGAGGGAGAAGACCCUGAGCCAAUACAAGAGCCUAUCGGAUGCCAUCGAGCACAUGUCACAAGCCUUGUUCAAGGCCAUGAAGAAUUUUCAUGAGGAGAGAUUGAACCAAGAGAGGUUUGCCGAGCAAGUCAAAUUGACCGAAGAGGAGACGUUCCAAGCCGUCCGAAGGGUGCUCUCCAGUGUAGGCGAUCUUGGUGCAUAUGUUGAGGCGUUGACAUCCGAGACCGUCCUUCUCCGAUCUCGCGUCAAUGCAACUUUCGCAAAUGCAAGAGAAAAUGUGAUGGCGGUUUACAAAGAUCUGGCCAAAGCGGGUUUGGAGUUCGCAAAAGCAAAGGACGUAGAGCUCUACGGAAAGCUUCAGCAAGCUAUCGACGAGAUCGGCUCUCUCAAGGAUUUAGUCGAUGAGAUCAAGGACAAAGCGGCCGACACGGUCGUCACCCUUCAUGAGGCAAAAGAGGACGCCAAUGCGGUGGUACAAAGCGUCCGUACCACCCACCAGCUAGUCGACGCCAUAUUCCAGCGUCUCAAUACGGCCAUGGCAAUAAUGGACCGUGUCGAGAACAUGAUACGCACUUACAUAUUCACGAUCGCAUGGACCAUCACCUUCGUCGGUUCCUGGGCAACGUACAGCAGAAUCGCUGGGUGGUUCACCCUAGUGUCCGGCGCAGUCUUCAUGGUUCAAACUGCCGAAUUCUGGAAGCAGCUCGACCUCGUCGUAGAAGCCUCUCGCUUAUUCGUUGUUGCGCUUAUGGACGGUUCGCCUGACGCCGUAAUCGGGACAAUCGUCGUCAACAGUAUUCUCAUCUUCUGCUAUUGGAGACCGAUUGCAGCGACUAUCCACACACUCUUCGGCGCCUUUGUCUAUCAUGGUACCACCACCUCCCGGGUCGUUAGCGAUUACACCCGACUGCUUGCAAGGGCUAGCCAGCCACUCUUCGGUGGACUUCUCUUUCCUAUCACCGCUAUCUCUCGAGCCAUUGGCGAUUACCUCGGACUAUCACGUCGUCACGGCGGGGCGCUCCCCCAUUUAGUUCAAACUCCUGUCCCUCCAGCAACCUCCUUCGCUGAGGUGACGUCCAAUCGACUUAGGAGCUCUCGACGCGCUCAGUCAGAGGGUCUCUAAUUGCCUCCAACCUGCUCAACAUGUACUUCGGCAUGUCCAACUUUGAUCAGCAGUCCCUACUUCGACAUGCUUCGCGCCUAUGUCGAAUACCCACCGGUAGACGAGUGGACGAUGUACGAUAUGUACCACUAUCUAACGACCUUUCUUUUUCCUUCCUAUGGGCGGCGCAACGAAUCGAUGGCGUCUAUACCUUCGACGAAUAUACCCC